AUGACGCAAGAUAAAAAUAUUGCAUUACUUACAUCUCUUGAUAAUAUUGAUUUUCGUGAAUGGUGCGAAUUAAUUUGCAGCACUAAAAAAUGUAUCGACUUUUGUCAAAACGUUGGUUUGAUAGGUUUCACUCUAAAUGAACCAUGUGCACAAGGUCAUAAUCAUUGGAAAUCAGGUUCUUGUGGACGAGCAUCUGAUGAAUUUGUAUGGAGAUGCGGAAAAGACAAAAGUACAAGAACUAUUCGACACGGCACAUUUUUUUCUAAUUCGAAACUUGCAAUUCGUCAAGUUCUUGAUCUGACGUAUUUCUGGGCGGAACAAAUCGAUUCUCAUGCAUUUUUAAGACGUCAUUAUAAGUUUGCAAGCGAAUCAACAGUAGUCGAUUGGAAGAAUUUUGCUCGAGAUUGCUGUGGCGAGCACUUUUUGAGAUAUCCGGUGGUCAUUGGAGGACCGUGGCACACUCUUGAAAUUGAUGAGAUUGAUCAACGCGGUGCUGCAACACUUCUUCCAAUCAUCCAUCAAUAUGUUCGUGCUGGCACUACGAUCUACAGUGACCAAUGGGCCGCUUACAACGGAAUUGCUAAUGGAACCGGUCCUCAUCGGUACAACAAUCAAAUAGUCAAUCACUCCGUAAAUUUCGUUGAUCCAACAACUUCAACACAUACUCAAAAUAUUGAGAAUUUAUGGAUGUGCAUGAAGAGAGAAAAGAAAAACCAAAUGGGGCAACAUGCAACUCUUCUCGGAACUCAUCUGACUGAGUAUAUGUGGCGUCAGCGUUUUGGAGAUCGCCCAUUUGAAAAUCUUGUUCUAGCUUUUCAAGAAAAAUAUGUUGUACAAUAG